AUGGAGAAGCUGGCCAUCGAGGAAAGACUCAAAGCCGAGGCGGCUGCUAGGAAAUCCGGUGUUUCUGAAUCCCUCGACCACGACGCUCAGUCAACCACAGACGAUACGACUAAUGCCACAGCGGCUGCAACCGAGAAGUUCUCCUUGAAGAAGGCUAGAGAAGCCCGAGCGCUGGAGGCACGGCAAGCGCGAGAAUUGGCCGCACAAAAUGCCGCUGCCGGCGAACAAAAUCAAACCGAGACCUCUAACGGCAAAUCCGUGCGCUUUUCACCAAUCGUACAAAAGAAAGAAUUCCUAUCUACCUCGCCCUCGUCACCAAAAUUGCCGGACUCCGUCGUCGACAGCCUUGACGCAGAUGAUUUCCCAAAUGAGGAGCAUCUUCAACUCUCCAAUGAAGAGGCAUUCUUCCUUGCCUACUCCCUUGGAGCAUUGCAAAUCUACGAUGCACCCUUGAAGUCGGGUGAAGUCCAAGCGACCUCGCCAACCACCACCUCUGCCCUCCUCCAACAGUUCUGCAACCACUCCUUCCAGCCUGCCCGUGAUAGCUCCGCAUCCCUCCAACCAGAUGAUCCCUUCAUGAUCUCCUACACAGUCUACCAUCACUUCCGGUCCCUCGGCUGGGUCAUUCGGUCCGGUGUCAAAUUCGGAACCGAUUACCUGCUCUAUAACCGCGGGCCAGUUUUCUCUCACGCCGAGUUCGCAGUCAUUGUCAUUCCUUCCUAUAGCCACCCUUAUUGGUCCGAGACGGAGGAACGGAGGAACUACACAGCAGAGAAGCAAGCCAGGAGUUGGUGGUGGUUGCACUGCGUAAGCCGUGUCCAGGCCCAGGUGUUGAAGAGCUUGGUCGUCUGCUAUGUCGAAGUGCCCCCGCCAGCUGCUUCCUUGGAUGAUAUUGGAGCGCUGUUUGGCCAAUACAAGGUGCGCGAAUUCCUCAUCAAAAGAUGGAUUCCAAACCGCACUCGCGAUUGA